GGCUUGCUUCUCUUUCCUCCCCCUCCCCCCGGGCCAUGGCUUGAACGGACUCUCAGGUGGUCCGAGUUCAUUCGUCCCGUUCCUCCUCAGCCUGGAGGCUUUCUGGUGAUCUCACCUCCGACAUGCAGUCCUAAACGAGCUCCCGCUCUCGUUGCCGUCCCUCACACCCGCCCAAUCUGUCCCUUCCUCUGCCCCCUCCCCCUCCCUUCCCCUCCCCUUCCCUAACUCCCCCUCCCCUCAAAUCAAAAAAGGACCGUCAUGUCGGCGGACAGACACCCUGUAGCUGACCCGGCACCUCUCGAUUCCAAUUCGGGUGGACGGGGCACCUCGUCCUCCGAGUCGGAACACCAACCCGACGAACUCACCAGCGUCCUUCCAGGCACUCCCGGCGAUGCCUCUCAUGUUCCCGGGAAGGUCAGACGGCGCAGGCACUUGCCCAUGCCCAUGCCUAUGCCCAUGCCCAUGCCUGUGCCCGAGGAUCAAUCCUCCAAGAAUCAGAUCUUUUACUUCGUCGAUUCCAAUUCGUCAUCCCGGGAGAAGCGGGCUCAUGUGAUGCGUCACCAUGUCCAGGAGAAACGCAGGCAGCGAAAGUCCUCGCAUCCCAGGAGCGACGGGGACAAAAAGACCGGCCGGCCGGCCCGGUACACCCCAUGGCCGCAAAGGCGGCCAGACCUUGACCAUCACGAUGAUUACGAAGCCUUCGCCCCUCAGGAGGGACCCAAUGGCGCCCUCGCCCACCGUGACUCCCUGACCCCACUGGGUCUUCCGCUGCAGUCCCCUUCUCAUUCAAUCGAAGAUCUCCAGCUGCCCUCCCCCGUCACCGUCCUCGAUGCGUCGAGAAAGGAUCCUUUCGACAGUCUGCCGGCGAUCUGCUCUCGAGAGGAUCUGGAGCUGGCCGACUACUGGACUAACAAAUUGACCUACUGGUCGGGCCAGAACAAGUACAUCAAGAACCUCGUGUUCAAGGCGGCGAUGAACCACCCAUUGUGCUUCCAGACGGUCAUCCUGGCGUACUGUGCGCGGUGGAAGGCGCAGCUCUACAACGUCAAGGACAGCAAGGAGGCUGAGUAUCACCUGGCCAAGGCCGUGGACGGCAUCGAGGAAGCCAAGAAGGGACACUCGGUGGUGGACGAGGAUAGCCUGGCGCUGGCCCUGACGGGGAUGUCCUUGCACGAGGACCGGUUCGGCAAUAAAGAAGUUGCCCGAGGAUACGAGGACCAGGCCGUCCAGAUCCUCCGGGCUCGAUCGGGGACACAGAACACGGUGGAGGUUUUCAUGCACUACGCACGGUACGUGAUGAUGCCACCACCCGCCGAGAUGAGCGACGAUGGCAAGCAGAUGCUGGUCACGUUCCUCCGGGUGGCCGAGGUGAUGAUGCUGGAGCACAGCACGACGCCCUUCUUGGCGGCGGUGCCCCAGCGGCGGGCGGCGUUCCAGAUGGACAGCCCUUUGUUCCCGCUGCUGUCCAGCGGGCCUCGCCCAUCGCAGGUGCCGCAAGAUGCCCGCAUGUAUGUGGUGCAAAAUGCGCCCACGCAGGAGGUCACCCGAACGGCCGCUUUGAUCUACAUCACGGCGGCGCUGUGGAACCUCCAGGAAUCCGCAAGCAAGACGGGGCGGUUCCUCGGCCAUCUGCACAGCCUUGUGCGGGAGCACAGGUUGGACUGGUACCCUGCGUGUGAGACGUUUGUCUGGCUAUUAUUGGAAGAAGGGUACCCGUCGGACUUGAAAGAGCCGGAACACGGCUGGUCGACGGGGGUGCUGCUGAAGAUGCACAAGCAGCUCCGACCGGACCUCCAGUUCCAGUACAACGAGAUCUUGUUCAGUCUUCUGAUGCUCACAUCCCCGAUCCGAGGCAUUGACGACUUCGAGAAGGAGUUAUUCCUGGCCCCUGCUGCCUGAAGUCCAAUUUUUUUCGUGAUACCCUGGAUACCCCUGUCACUUUUUUUUUUUUUUUCUUUCUUU